GUUAUUAGCACUUGUAUAGGAUUAAACCGGUGGCAGUGUUGUAGAGGACCUGAACUUGUGUGGAUGCUACGUUUUGCAAGCACUGAGGUUCAGCUUGUUUUCCUAAGGCGCUGGAAGAUUUUGUUCCUGUUGUGAAGAAAACCGUGUGUAGUGCUACGUGUUUCAGAGAAGGAUCCUGCAAGUUUUAGAAAUGGGAAACCAUCUUACUGAGAUUGCCCCCAAUUCAGCUUUCCUUCCUGGCUUUCAGUCCAUGCAUGUUGUUGUCAUAGGCCUAGAUUCAUCUGGCAAAACAUCCUUGCUGUAUCGGCUCAAAUUUGGAGAGUUUGUGAAGAGUGUUCCGACAAAAGGCUUCAACAUGGAGAAAAUUAAAGUGGCUGUUGGCACUUCACGGUCUACAAUUUUCCAGGUCUGGGAUGUUGGUGGACAGGAGAAGUUAAGACCAUUGUGGAAGUCUUACACUAGGAGGACAGAUGGUAUUGUCUUUGUUGUGGAUGCUGCAGAGGUGGAGCGCAUGGAGGAAGCCAAGGUUGAACUUCACAAAAUCACAAAAAUUACUGAAAAUCAAGGGGUGCCGGUGCUAAUUUUGGCUAACAAGCAGGAUCUUCCUGGUGCUGUGAGCAUGGCAGAAGUUGAGAAACUGCUGGCUGUGCACGAGCUGACUUCUUCCACCUUGCAUUACAUUCAAGGCUGUAGUGCAGUAGAUGGGACAGGGUUGCAGCAAGGACUUGAAAAGCUCUAUGAAAUUAUACUGAAACGAAAGAAGUCCCUUCGGCACAGCAAGAGAAAAAGAUAAGACUUGACAGUAUUUUAAAGUAGUAUGCUGUUUUACCAUCUCCUAAAGAUUGUAGCAAUCUGACACCAGGGAGAGCCUCAAGGCUUACAUUUCAUGCGUAAUGCUGUUCUUUAAAAUGUUUUUUGAAACCAGUGGCAUUUUAGACUUGUGCUUUCUUUUUGAUCCAAGUUCAUACAAAGUGAACAAGCAACAAUUUGCUCUCACGGUUUUGUGGUGACCAUAGAGAUUGAAUGGCUUGGCAGUGAAUGCGUUAAUAGUGCACACAUGUUUGUGCUGUUCUACAAAGGAGGCAGUAUUGCAUUUCUGCAUGAAGGUUUCCCCUCAUCACCGAGCUUGAAUAGCUUGUCACUGACUGAACUCGUUUACAGCAUUUGUUAUGGCUCUGCGAAGUAGCAGCAUUACAUCUCUGCAUGAACAUUUUCCCAUUGUGUCAGGAAGCUUGCCGUGCCGGGCUGCUGAAGUUUUGGGGUGUGCCGUAGGACAGAAGGCCGUGAAACUGCUAUGAGCAGGUGAAGAUUUUCUCCACUAAAUGAAGUAAGAAGGCUAGCUGCUGCUCAACACUGUGAUCACUGUGACGGCUGCUUUGGCUGACUUUACGUAGCUAGACACACUGCAGUUCUUGGACUUUUUUACACUAAUAUGAUUUAUGACUGACAGUUGUGGACAAUAAGAAUUUUUUUUGCUAAAGUUUUUUUUUUUUUUUUUUUAUACGAACCACAUUGGUUAUUAUGUAAAUUAUUAAUAAAACUGAGAAAACAUAA